UGUGUGCAAACGGGCCACGCCUCGGCGACACCAGCUGUCAGAGACGCGCGGGGUUCCUGAGGGCUGGGAAUUGGCUGCACUCGUUGACCCCCAGUCUCAGUCCGCACUCUGUGAGAAAACCCCCGCUUUGCCGAGGCCCCAGGUAUAGAGGGGUUCGGCAAAGGAGGCACCUUUCUCGGCCCCCAGCCCAAUCCCAGCGCCCCUAGCUCGGACGACGUCUAGAGGCCCCAGAGUGGGUGCUCAAGCUCCCAGAGCAGCAGGUGUCCAGGCGAGGUCUCCGAUUUCCUGGAGACGUCUUGCUCUCCACAGAGGCCCCGGCCCGAUUUCGGAGCCGUCCAUCCCGCGCCGCUGGAAACCGCGCCACCUCGCAGCAUGGCCACCACCCUCGGUGCCGACGCUCCCCUGCAGCCGAGUGCGCUGCCGUCCCAGCAGACCACGCUCCUGCUGCUCCUUUCGGUGCUGGCCGCCGUGCACGUGGGCCAGUGGCUGCUGCGGCAGCGGCGGCGGCAGCCGGGGUCCGCGCUGCCGGGCCCGUUUGCGUGGCCGCUGAUCGGAAACGCGGCGGCGAUGGGUCCGGCGCCGCACCUCUCGUUCGCGCGCCUGGCGCGGCGCUACGGCGACGUCUUCCAGAUCCGCCUGGGCAACUGCCGGGUGGUGGUGCUGAACGGCGAGCGCGCCAUCCGCCAGGCGCUGGUGCAGCAGGGCGCCGCCUUCGCCGACCGGCCGCGCUUCGCUUCUUUCCGCCUGGUGUCCGGCGGCCGCAGCCUGGCUUUCGGCCCGUACUCCCAGAGCUGGAAGGUGCAGCGGCGCGCAGCGCACAGCACCAUGCGGGCCUUCUCCACGCGCCAGCCGCGCAGCCGGCGCGUCCUCGAGGGCCACGUGCUGGGCGAGGCGAGGGAGCUGGUGGCGCUGCUGGUGCGCGGCAGCGCGGGCGGCGCCUUCGUGGACCCGCGGCCCCUGACCGUGGUGGCCGUGGCGAACGUCAUGAGCGCCGUGUGCUUCGGUUGCCGCUACAGCCACGACGACGCCGAGUUCCGCGAGCUGCUCAGCCACAACCAGAAGUUCGGGCGCACGGUGGGCGCGGGCAGCUUGGUGGACGUGCUGCCCUGGCUGCAGCGCUUCCCCAACCCCGUGCGCACCGCCUUCCGCGAGUUCGAGCAGCUCAACCGCAACUUCAGCAACUUCGUCCUCGACAAGUUCCUGAAGCACCGCGAAAGCCUGAAGCCCGGGGCCGGCCCGCGCGACAUGAUGGACGCCUUCAUCAUCUCCGCGGGAACCGAGGCGGCGGAGGGCUCGGAGGACGGCGGCGCGCGGCUGGACCUGGAGUAUGUGCCGGCCACUGUCACCGACAUCUUCGGCGCCAGCCAGGACACGCUCUCCACCGCGCUGCAGUGGCUGCUCAUCCUUUUCACCAGGUAUCCUGAAGUGCAGGCUCGGGUCCAGGCCGAACUGGAUCAAGUCGUGGGUAGAGACCGGCUACCAUGCCUGGAUGACCAGCCCAACCUGCCCUACGUCAUGGCCUUUCUUUAUGAAGCCAUGCGCUUCUCCAGCUUCGUGCCCGUCACCAUUCCUCACGCCACCACCACCAGCGCCUCUGUCUUGGGCUACCACAUUCCCAAGGACACGGUGGUUUUUGUUAACCAGUGGUCUGUGAAUCAUGACCCAGCGAAGUGGUCUAAUCCAGAGGACUUUGAUCCGGGCCGGUUCUUGGACAAAGAUGGCUUCAUCGACAAGGACCUGGCCAGCAGUGUGAUGAUUUUUUCCGUGGGCAAACGGCGGUGCAUUGGGGAAGAGCUUUCCAAGAUGCAGCUGUUUCUCUUCAUUUCCAUCCUGGCUCAUGAGUGCAAUUUCAAGGCCAAUCCAGAUGAACCCUCGAAGAUGGAUUUUAAUUACGGUCUGACCAUUAAACCCAAGUCAUUUCGAAUCAACGUCACUCUCAGAGAGUCCAUGGAGCUCCUCGAUAGUGCUGUCCAAAAGUUUCAAGCCGAGGAGGACUGCCAGUGAGAAGCCACAAAGAAGCGAGCUCGAAUUUUAGAAGUACUCAAGUGGGGGGGGAUGGGGAGUGGACUUUGCUAACGCCUUGUGCCACUGUCUCAGUUAGCCUCUAGAGUGAGCAUAAACCGACUGACCGACAGACGAUGUGCUUCA